AGUCUCUCUUCCGUUGGUGGUAGUGUAUCCCCAGAUGAUAGUAGUAUUACCGAUAGAGAGAGUUCAGGAGUUCCAGGCCAGCCCAGGCAACAUAACAAGACCUCACCUCAAAAACAAGGCUGAAACCUAACAAAACCCACACAGACCUAUUUCACUCCUCUAAGCGGAACUUAGCAUAUCACAGAAUAUUUGACUUCACUGAGGGCACCAGCACUUUCAGACACAUAGGUCUAGUGGGGGGGGGUGAGAUUAGUUAGAUUUCUGGGCCCCUCCCUGACUGUUGUUCCCCACUAUUUGGCUCCUUCAACUCAGCCACAAACAGCAAUGAGGUAGUUGAUGCAUGCUGCAAACAGAGACCCGCCAGGCCCAAGGGGGCGCCCUUUUGCUUGGGGAAACGGAAGGGCAGUGGCGCCCUCUAGCGACUGCGUUUGUAGGAGUGGAAAAUUCCAGAGCGUCCGUUGCAGAGCAGGGUGACUGGAAGCCCUUACAAGCAAGGCGACGUCCUAGGGUACCCUGAAUCGAAGGUCCGAACCCCAUUGUCACCCUCUGCCCUAUCCCUGCCCUUCUCAGGCUUUUGUGACCAAGACUGAGCAACAUGCAACCCACGGGUCCUGAGGGUCCACGCGCGCUCAGCUUGAGGCCUCUGGGGCACCGGCUAUCCCUGUUGGGGGUGUUACUUAUAAUUCCGUCACUAUGGGUAACCUGCAACCAGACUACUCCGAGCCUCUCCAGUGCUCCGACCUCACCGGGAGCCUCCAGUGCCAUGACCACUCCAGGCAUUCCUAAUGACACAACUACGUCAGGCGUGACCAGUGACCCUCGCCUUCGAGAGCAAGCACUGGCCCUGAUGCGAGACUUCCCACUUGUGGAUGGCCACAACGACCUGCCUCUGCUCCUGAGAGAACUUUUCCAGAACAAGCUGCAGGAUGUGAAUCUGCACAAUUUCACCCGUGGCCAGACCAGCCUGGAUAGGCUCAGGGAUGGCCUUGUGGGUGCCCAGUUCUGGUCAGCCUACAUCCCAUGCCAAACCCAGGAUCGGGAUGCCGUGCGCGUAGCCCUGGAGCAGAUUGACCUCAUCCGACGCAUGUGUUCUGCUUACCCGGAGUUGGAGCUUGUGACCUCAGCUGAUGGUCUGAAUAGCACUCAGAAGCUGGCCUGCCUCAUUGGACUAGAGGGUGGUCACUCACUGGACACCAGCCUCGCUGUGCUGCGCAGUUUCUACGAGCUAGGAGUCCGCUACCUGACACUUACCUUCACGUGCAGCACACCCUGGGCAGAAAGUGCCACGAAAUUCAGACACCAUUUCUACACCAACAUCAGCGGGUUGACGAGCUUUGGAGAGAAAGUAGUGGAAGAAAUGAACCGCAUAGGUAUGAUGAUAGAUUUGUCCCACGCCUCAGACACCUUAGUGAAGCAAACCCUGGAGGCGUCUCGGGCUCCUGUGAUCUUCUCCCAUUCAGCGGCUAGAUCAGUGUGUGACAACUUGCUGAAUGUUCCUGAUGACAUACUGCAGCUUCUGAAGAAGAAUGGUGGCAUUGUGAUGGUGACACUGUCCAUGGGGGUGCUGCAGUGCAGUCUGCUUGCUAAUGUGUCCACUGUAGCAGAUCAUUUUGACCACAUCAGGACAGUCAUUGGAUCUGAAUUCAUUGGGAUUGGUGGAAGCUAUGAUGGGUCUGGAAGGUAAACAGGAAUUCCAUUCGUGUACCACGCCCUUGCCCAGAAGAUCUGUGUUCCCUCAGGGGCUGGAGGAUGUGUCUACAUACCCAGUGCUCUUAGAGGAGUUGCUGAGACGAGGCUGGGGUGAACAAGAGCUUCAAGGUGUCCUUCGAGGAAACCUGCUUCGGGUCUUCAGACAAGUGGAACAGGU